AAUGGCGUUCAAGCUGCCGCUGCCGAUGCCGAUGUAGCUGUUGUCGUGGUCGUCGCAUUCGGUUUUUUGCAUGUCGUGUCUAUAGCUUUACCGUUACCGCUACUUACACACUACACCACUCGUACAUGUACAUAUAUAAAAUUGAGGCGCUGCGCGCGUCGCGGCCAUUCCAGGCCAUCCCAGCCACCCUUCAGUCAUCAGCCAGAGCCGGAGCCAGAGCCAGAGCCAGAGUCAUUCGCCACCGUUAACUCUUUGAAACUGGACGCAGUGAGCGGCAGAAAACGCGUUCGCGACAAAAAUCAUAAAUUCCAAGUGAGCAACGAGAGAGAGAGAGAGAGAGCAGUCACACAGAUAAUGCCAAAAAGAUAGUUAGUGCCCAAAGUGAUCCACACUCGAAAAACGAGGAAAAUUUAAGGAAGAAGAAAGAUUAAAGAAAAACUUCGGCGAGUAUCCAAGUGCCAAGUGCGAGUUGCCCCCCCGAUAGCCCCGAUAGUUGCCCUAUUUGAGUCCCCUGCCCCGACCCUCGCAUGUGAGACCGGCCGGUCGCGGUCGAUCCAAUGAAAAUGGAAGAUCCCACUAUAGCCGAUACGUACGUGCAGGAGUUCGAUCUGCACCACCUGGAGGUGCCGGUUGCAGGCAGCAGCGCCAAUCCCAACAACAGCAACACCAUCAACAACGCGACGGUGGCCGCCGCCAUCGGUCACGUGAAGCGGGAGGAUCACAGUCCGCCUCAGCCGGUGGCGGUCAAGUGGACCACUGUGCAUGGGGAGCCACCGGUUGCCGAGGAGGUGGUGCCGGAGCCACUGGCCCUGGCUGUCCCAGACGCAGCCGUAGCCGAGGAGGUCUCACCGUCGCCACACAUCAAGCUUCGCUCCUUCUCGGGCCACCAGUGGCACAUAGAUGAGCGCCGGCUGCAACCUCUCUCGCCACCGCCGGAGCAGUACGGCCCGAUGCCCGGACAGGCCAUAUUGGUCAACACAUCCUCCUCUUCGGCCGCCGGAGUGCCAGGCGGCGUGCCUUCCACGCCGCCGGAGACUCCGCCGGUGGUGGGUUCACCAACGGGCAGUAGCAGCUGUAGGAAGGAAGCAGCGCCAGUGGUCAGUGCCGGACUGAGCCACGAAAUGAUGUGGCUGACCAACUCCAUACGUGCCGACCAGCAGCCCCUCGAUCUGCGGCCGCUGCCCUAUCCCGGCUCCCAGGAGGAGGCCGAGGAGUGGGAUCGCCAGCGAGACUACGCCCUGCAGGCGGCCGCCGCCGCCCACCAUCACCACCAUGGGCAGCCGCUGAUGCAGAGCCAACACCAUCCGCACCCAUAUCCGCACGGACAUCCCCACGCGCAUCCGCAUCCGCACCCGCACCCGCAUCAGGUCGUGCUCCAGCAGGCCAAGUAUCCGCAUCACCACUUCCACAACCUCGACCUUGCCCCCAUCAACAUGCACUCGAACCCACACGCCCACUCGCACACGGCCACGUACGCGGCAGCCUCCGGCUCGGUCACGCCCAGCUGCCUGCCCCAGGUUCCGAGCAACAUCAGCAGCGGCAGCAGCAGUGUGGGAGGGGGCUGCGUGCUCACCCGAGCGGCCCUCCAGCCCUGUCGCCCCAUGUCGGCCAGCUCGACGAGAUCCUCGACCAACAUGUCGCCCAGGACCUGCUCGGGAGCGUACAGCAACGCCACGCUGGAGGACUGCAUCAACGACGACAUGCUGACCACGCUGACGGUGCGGGAGCUGAACAAGCGGCUCCACGGCUGCCCGCGAGAGGAGGUGGUGCGCCUGAAGCAGAAGCGGCGGACCCUGAAGAACCGCGGCUACGCCCAGAACUGCCGCUCCAAGCGCCUCCACCAACGCCACGAGCUGGAGAAAGCCAAUCGCCAGCUCAACCAGGACCUGCACCGCCUCAAGCACGAGUACUCGCGUGUAUGCCAGGAGCGAGACGCCCUCAUGCAGCGCCUCCAAAGGAUCGGUGCUGCCGGAGGGGGUCCGGCUGCAGCUGGCGACAGCCAGAGCUCGCCGGAGUUCUACCUAUGACGCCAGCUGGCGGCAGCCACCACCUCCUCCUCAACAGCCUCGCAUCAGCAACGUGGCCACCAGUGGGCAGCCCAGCAGCUGGCCA